AUGGAUCUCGAGUUGAGAAAGCUUGUUCUAAGCGUUCCAUUAUCGGGUUUUGAAGGAAAUAUGGGAAAUUUGCAUUGCAGGCGUUACAAACGGCAGUUCAACUUCUUCAAUUCACCGGGUUGGAUUCAAUUUGAUUCAAGAAGUUUCAUGUCAAUGCCACAACAACCGUUUCUUAAACUAACGAAUACUGGACAAUUCUCGCAACAAUGGCCGUCAGCAAAUUCGAUGCAAGUCAUCAACACUAACAAUCCAAACUCACAAUGGCCUCAACAGCGACAAUUUUUCGUUUCACCGUGGCAACAGCAACAACAACAACAACAGCAGCAGCAGCAGCAGCAGAAUAUGGCUCAAUGGCAAGCCCAAUGGCAGCAACCUCAGCAGCUCAAUGGCCGUGUUCAAUGGCAGCAGUCCCGGACGAAUUUUCCGACCCAAUGGCAGCAACCUCGAGGCAGUUCGCAACUCCAAUGGCAACAAGCACAACAACCAACAAAUAUGGCUCCACUGCAGCAACAACAACAGCAACGUAUGGUAUCAAGUCGGGCUGCGCAAAUCCAACCACUCCAACCACUGCAAACCGUUCAAACCACCGCACAACAGCUGUUUGCAGCACCGCAAACUCAAACAGCACCACCAGCCGCAGCAUUUUCGUCGGUGACCAGGCAGUGGUGGGAAACCACCACUCCAGCACCAGCAGCCGUAUCCAGCCAGCCGGCUCCAUCAUCCAGUCCGCAGAAUUUCUUCCAGUCCGCGCAAUUCUCAUCAGACGGACCCAUUCCACCGGCUCCACAACCAAGUUUUUCUGCGUCGUCAUUCGCUCAAACCGAACGGCAUAUGCCAAGCGUGAAGCCGGAACGUGGCGUUGCUCUGACACUGAACCGUGUCCGAUAUAAAGAUUUUAAGGCUCGUUUCGCGAAUUUUAUCCAUCGUUCUGCUGCUGCAUCAUAA